AUGUCACUUUCUUCUUUUUAUCCCGCUUGUCACAUCAAGAGUGCCAUUGUACAGGCACUCGGAUCUCUUGUGCUAGGCGGAUUCGACGAGGCUCGGAUACAACCAAACACCACCGCGAAAUUUGGAAUGCCGGUCGGCAGUGACGAGACGGAAUUAGCACUGACAGUUCAAAAAAUAGCAGUUGUUGGAACCAACGGAAAUUCCAGUAUUUACGAAGAUGCUUUCGAUGCAAUACUCGAAUCGGCAGUUCCCUACCUCUUCCUUCCUCUUAUGCUUUGCAACUGGUUCGAAAAUUUGUUCAACCUUACCUACGAUGCCUAUAGGGACAUAUACACUAUCGAUCCAACAGUCGCGGACGCGAACUACAAUAAAAUACAGAGCAUUACGUUCGGAUUAGGCAAUCAGACUGGACAAACAAUGACUAACAUCAGCUUCAACGACUAUAGAGCUUUUAGUCCUUUGGCGAGCUGGACGUGGAAUCUUGAUAGUGGUCAACGUAUCUUUCCGAUAAAAAGAAUGCCCAACAACUCCAAAACAGCCGUGUUGGGACGAGCAUUCUUUCAAGAAGCCUACGUCAGCGUCCAUUAUCCAUAUAAUGGCAGUGGGACAUUCACCGUAUCACAAGUCGCAUAUCCAACACCGGAGACAACCCGUAUCAUCCCUAUCGUAGAUGGGGCACGAUCUAGUAAUCCUAUCGGUCUCAGCACCGGGAAAAUCGCAGCUAUUGCUGUCGGAGCGUUUGUAGGAGUUGUCCUCAUUUUUCUCCUUUACUGGUUCUUCUUCCUCAGGAAACGAAUUGUGCGCAAGAAGAAAGAAAUACAGUCACUGGAGAUGCCGAAUCGUGCUGACGAGGCUGCCGAGCGUCCUCCUGUGGAUCGUUGCUACACAGCGAGCAGCAUAGUGUCUGAUCGAACUAUAGCUGCCUCCGAAGUGGAUGGCACAUCUCGUCCCAGGCACUCUCGCCAGCCGUCGGAGCUUUCUGCCGACUCCGAAGUUCAACGGGCAGAGAAUAAGCUGGGGCCACUGCACGAAGAACCGGAUAAAAGCGACGCUGCUCAGUUGGAGAGGUACGCGGCAAUGGCGCGAGAAAGGCAAGGGCAAAGACAAGAAAUGGAGGCAUCGUCGGAUUGGUUCCAUCCUGAUCCGCCAAAUGCACGCACACCGACUUCUCCGUCCGAGCUCUAUUCCACUCCUGAACUGCCCGCGUCUCCCGUCUCGCCCGAUCUCAUGUCGACGCACUCAUAG